UAGAAAAUACAAGCACCUUCUGAGAACAUUAGAGAAAUGACUUUUCUUCCCGUUGUCCUGCUACUGUGUGUAGCAGCUACAAAUGCAUUCCCAGCCGUGCCCCAAACAGAUGUGGAGCAACAACAUGAACUUGCUGAGAAAUACCUGAAAAGGUUUUAUAACCUGAAAACAGAAGGCGUACCAGUCGGCAGAAAAAAGAGCGCAAAUCCAUUUUCUGAGAAACUUGAGCAAAUGCAGAAGUUUUUUGGUCUGAAAGUGACUGGGAAACUGGACUCUGAGACAGUGGAAGUAAUGCAGAAACCCCGAUGUGGAGUGCAUGAUAUUGGUCAAUAUGGUACCGUUGAAAAAAGUAUUGCAUGGCCAAAUAAAAAUUUGACUUACAGAAUUUUGAACUUCACUCCAGACCUGGCCCAAGCUGAUGUGGAAAAAGCCAUUGAGAAGGCUUUUAAAAUAUGGAGUGAUGUGACCCCAUUAACAUUUACUAGACUCUACGAUGACAUUUCUGAUAUUGAGAUCUCAUUUGUAUCUGGAGAUCAUCAUGAUAAUUCGCCAUUUGAUGGACGGGAUGGACUAUUAGCCCACGCGUUUCAACCUGGCAAAGGUAUUGGAGGAGAUGCUCAUUUUGAUGAAGAUGAAUCCUUUACAAAAACCAAAAAAGCCUACAAUUUAUUUCUUGUGGCUGCUCAUGAAUUUGGACAUUCUUUGGGGCUUUCCCAUUCUGAUGACCCCGGUGCCCUGAUGUAUCCAACUUACCCAAAUACUGAUCCAGAUAAAUUUCAGCUCCCUCAAGAUGAUAUAAAUGCCAUACAGUUUCUAUAUGGAAAAAACUCAGAUGCUGUCCAACCAACAGGACCAUCAACUCCAUCAAGUUGUGAUCCUAACAUUGAGAUUGAUGCUGUAACUACACUAAGAGGAGAAAUGUUUUUCUUUGUAAACAGGUUUUUCCUACGUAAACACCCACAAGCAACUGAAGUUGAGCUCAAUUUUAUUCAAUCUUUCUGGCCAGAGUUGCCAGUUGAUAUUGAUGCUGCCUAUGAGAAUCCUUACACAGAUGAAGUCCUUUUUUUUAAAGAUUCCAAAUUUUGGGCUCUAAGUGGAUUUGAUGUUGUACAAGGAUACCCAAAGAACAUUGGUAAACUAGGAUUUGCAAAGAAUGUUAAGAAAAUUGAUGCAGCAGUCCAUGUGGAACAUCUAGGAAAAACAUAUUUCUUUAUUGGUGACAAAUACUGGAGUUAUGAUGAAGAUAGACAAACCAUGGACAAAGGAUUUCCUCGUUCCAUCAAAACAGAUUUUCCAGGAAUCAAUGAGAGGAUAAAAGCAGCUCAUUAUUCUAGAGGACUCCUUUAUUUAUUUGUGGGCAAACGGCAGUAUGAAUUCAAAAUUGAGUCUAAGAGGAUCUUGCGUAUUUUAAAAAACAACAGCUGGUUGGGAUGCUAAAAAGAGAAAAAAAGAUUUAAAAAAAAAAAAUCUGUUUUGUAAUAUUACAUUUUCCACAUAAUUUCUAGUUUAUUAAACUUCUAAUGUAAUAUCUAUGCUAAUAUUUUUUUAAUUAAAUUUAUUUAUUUACCUUUUUAUGGUGUGUCAGUUACUUGAAAAUAUUACUGAACACUACUGAAUGAGGACCAUUUAAAAAUGGUUAAUUUUCAUUUGGUACUGCCAUAGACAUCAAUGUCUCUUUAUUGUAUAUAUGUGUAUAUGUCAGAACUUUAAUAAUGAUAUAUAAAUAUAGAACUGAAGCUGAUACUGAGCCACUGGAAAUUUUGGAAAUUGUACUAUUUUGAACUCAAAUCAUUUUAUACAUGUUCAAUUCAAAAUAAAUUUUUAUAAAGGUUA